AUGCGCCUACCUGUGACUUCGCCUUCACCACCUCCACCACCUGGCGCAGGUACAUGUCGUUCAGCUUCCUGUUGUGCUGGGCCACGGCGAAGUUCAUAGCAUUCUGGACACGCUCGUCGUUCACAUCUACGUCCGUGAAGCCUCCAACCAGGCCGGUCAAUCCGACCGUGAAAAGGGCCGAAAGACAAACAAAAGCAAUCUUCCACAUCAUGGUUCCCGAGGAUGGAUCGCUGUUGCACAAAAACAAGAACAAAAACAAGCUCACGAUGAGCUGCAGCCUGGUAUUUAUAUAAGACAGUGACGUCACGGAGGGGGCGUGGCUUAUCGGUCACAAUCUCUGCAACACAAACCUGCACGAAAACCUGUUGGGCAUGAUUUAAAACUGGUCAUAUACCGACCGUGUAAACUUUCUGACUGUGGACUUCUUUUUAAAGCAGAUUCUUGAGACCAACGGGUGCGUAUAAACAGGUCCAAAGUCUUUUACGGCACCAUGCAACGACUUCAUGUUUUGCAAGAAACUUUCUUCAGCCUUGAAGUAUUUCAGCAGCAGCUUGUAAUUGGGUCUGCAGCUGCAGCCUGUGGGUUAGGCCUGCUGGCCUGUGCAGUGCUCAGAAGAAACAAAGUGAAAACUAUUCCUCUCGGUAAAGGCUGGUGGGGAGCAGGAGAGAAGCCCCUGUCAGAGGAUGACAAGAUCUAUCCAUUCACUGUGGAGACAUCUGAUAAAGAGAUUGAGGACCUUCAUGAGCGCAUUGACAAUGCACGCUACACUGAGUCCUUAGAAGACUGUGGCUUCCACUAUGGCUUCAACUCAGCUUACCUUAAAAAAGUGAUUUCAUACUGGAGGAAUGGGUUUGAUUGGAAAAAGCAGGUGACAGUGCUUAACAAGUAUGCACACUUCAAAACCAAAAUAGAAGGAGUCGACGUGCACUUCAUUCAUGUUCGCCCACCACACCUGGAGAAUCAGAAGGUUCUGCCUCUGAUGCUUGUUCACGGCUGGCCCGGCUCCUUUUACGAGUUCUACAAGAUUCUGCCACUUCUGACACAGAACCGCGAUGGUGUUGUGUUUGAGGUCAUAAUUCCAUCCAUCCCUGGCUACGGCUUCUCGGAGGCCCCUCAUAAACAAGGAUUUGACAGUCUGGCUGCGGCCCGAAUUUUUCUGACACUGAUGGAGCGCUUGGGGUUUUCUCAGUUCUAUCUGCAAGGAGGAGACUGGGGCUCUUUAAUCACCACUAACAUGGCACAGAUGAAGCCUGAGUGUGUGAGGGGACUCCACCUAAACAUGUGGAACAUGAAAAGAGGUUUCAAAGUGUACCUGUCCAUCAUGUUUGGUCGUUAUCUGCCCUUCCUCGUCGGUUUCAGCCGGGAAGAUGUUCGCAGGUUGUACCCUUUUUUUGAGAAGAAUGUCUGGGAACUGCUGAGGGAAACGGGCUACUUUCACAUUCAGGGCACUAAACCAGACACUGCAGGCCGUGGAUUGAACGACUCUCCGGUUGGCUUAGCGGCAUACAUUCUGGAGAAGUUCUCCACCUGGACUGAUCUUAAAAACAGAGAUCUAUUGGACGGUGGGCUGGAGAGGAAAUUCACCCUGGACGACCUCUUAACAAACGUCAUGAUCUACUGGACGACAGGCUCCAUCAUUUCCUCCAUGCGUUUCUACAAAGAGAAUUUGAAGAGUAACAUUGAGAAUAGAAUUGAUUCAAAAACCGGGAUCUUUGUGCCCACGGGACUGGCUGCUUUUCCAAACGAGCUGAUGCAUUGCCCUCAAGUAUGGGCACAAGCAAUGUAUCAAAACAUCCGGUCCUACAAUUUCAUGCCUCGAGGUGGCCACUUCGGUGCCUUUGAAGAGCCCCAGCUGCUAGCCAACGACAUCAUCCAGUUUGUCAAGAAGGUGGAGAAGCUCUGAGCUCUUGAAUGUACUCGCAGACCAAUGGAGUUUGGUGCCAUUUGUUUAUUAUAUCUGAUCAUUCCUCACACAUAUACACACUGCCACACACACAAAUCCCUGUUUCUCUGACCGUUCUCAUCUUCUGCUUGAUUUGCAACAUUACUUAGAUCAUUUGUAAGUUUCAACAAAUGUAAACAUGUUCACAGUGCCUGGUACAUAAAUAUGUCCUCAGAUGGAACAAAAAACAUUUAAUUCAUUAAACUUCAAGUUAUGUUCUUAAAACUAUUGCACGUUAUUCUGCUUAAUGUAUGUGGAAAUGUGUAAAAUGCAGGUUUUUUGUUUUUUAUAAACAGUUCCUGUUGUAUUACAUGCUUAUUAGAAUAAAAACAUUCAGUACUUUCGAAGACUUUAAAAAAAUA